AUGGCUUCCCAAGCAUACCUAGAAGAAGAGCAACGCAUCUACGACCUCGAGAUCCAGCAAGUCGAAAAAUGGUGGACUAGUGCUCGCUUCAACAAGGUCACCCGUCCUUAUUCAGCAGCUGACGUCGUCCAAAAGAGAGGGACUCUCAAGCAGACCUAUCCUUCAGACCAAAUGGCAAAGAAGCUAUGGACCAUGUUGGAGAAGAACAAGGAUGCCAAAACUGCUACCUUCACUUACGGAGCCUUGGAUCCUGUACAAGUAACUCAGAUGGCAAAGUAUCUAGAAACUGUCUAUGUAUCUGGCUGGCAAUGCUCCUCCACUGCUUCUACUUCAAACGAGCCUGGUCCCGACCUCGCUGACUAUCCCAUGGACACGGUGCCGAACAAGGUGGAACACUUGUUUAUGGCUCAAUGCUUCCAUGACCGAAAACAGCGUGAAGACAGAUUCACAAUGUCUGCUGCUGAACGAGCAAAAACUCCAUUGGUCGAUUACCUCCGUCCUUUGAUUGCCGACGCUGACACUGGUCAUGGUGGUAUCACCGCUGUAGUAAAACUCGCAAAAAUGUUCGUAGAACGAGGUGCUGCUGGUAUUCAUAUAGAAGAUCAAGCUCCUGGUACAAAGAAAUGUGGGCAUAUGGCUGGCAAAGUAUUGGUCCCAAUCUCAGAACACAUCAACCGUCUCAUCGCCAUCCGUCUCCAAUUCGAUAUAAUGGGUGUAGAAAACGUUAUUGUAGCUCGUACCGACGCAGAAGCCGCCACCUUGAUCACUUCCAACAUUGAUAGACGCGAUCAUCCAUUUAUCGUCGGAACCACAAACCCUAAACUAUCUCCACUAGUCUCUGUAUUAGAUGCUGCUCAACUCUCUGGUAAAACAGGUGCUGCAUUGGCCGCUGUAGAAGAAGAAUGGACAAACUCGGCUGGCUUGAUGACUUAUGGUGAAGCUGUCGUCGAAGCUCUGAAAAAAGCUGGAAAGGAAAAUAUGGUUGCUUCCUUCUUGGCCAAAUACGAUCACAUGUCCAAUGAAGAAUCUCGAACCUUGGCCAAAUCAAUGGGUGUCGAUCCAUUCUGGAAUUGUGACGCCUCUAGAGUCCGUGAAGGCUACUUCCAGGCCAAACCAUCCACUAAAUGGUGUAUUGCUCGUCAAGUCGCUUUUGCCCCAUAUGCAGACCUCUUGUGGAUGGAAACAAAGUAUCCAAUUUAUGAGCAAGCAAAGGAAUUCUCAGAAGGUGUCUUGAAGGUCCACCCAUGGGCUAAAUUAGCAUACAACCAAUCGCCUUCCUUCAACUGGGAUGCGUCUGGUAUGACCGAUCAACAGAUGAAGACUUUCAUUGCUGAUUUGGGCAAGUUGGGCUUUGUUUGGCAAUUCAUCACUCUUGCUGGAUUACACUCGAACGCUCUUAUCUCGGAACACUUUGCCCGUGACUUCUCACAACGCGGCAUGCUGGCUUAUGUCGAAACAAUUCAACGACAAGAACGUAAGAAUGGUGUGGAUGUCUUGCAACACCAGAAAUGGUCUGGCGCAAACUACUAUGACAACAUGAUCAAGAGUGUCCAAGGCGGUAUUGCCUCAACUGCUGCUAUGGGCAAGGGUGUGACUGAGGAGCAAUUCAAGCAUUAG